GGCUUCAUAGGUUGGUCAAGACUCUGAGUUUUGAACCACGGCUGAUGCAUUGUGGUGUUAUCUGGGCUGGGCUACGUAUCCCCGUCAUUCCGAAUGGCGUUAAAAGGCAUUGUGAGGAAUGGGCGUUUGGAGUAAUAGAUUACGGUUGGCUUUAAAUAGGUCGAAUUAUGUUUAUUUAGUAUCAUAUGAUUAGGCCUAUUCCUAACGACAAAGCGGUAUUGGCAUUUAUGUAAGACUUGGCAAUAAAUAAUUAUGAUAUUAAUAAUGUUUUGUAAUAUUAAACGUAUAAUGUCCACAGUUUGCUUUCAUCAUCACACAACCACUAUUGAAGCCGGCAGUAGCCAACUGUCUGAUGGCCGGCUCUUUCUUCUGUCUGGUGUGAAUUUUCUGUCAACGUAAUCGCAACUCCUGCGAAGUUCCCUUCUGAACAACAUUUCUCCUUCAUACUUGACAUGUACAAGCUUCAUUUCUGAGAUUGUUUCCUUGCACGAUGAGAAACUUGUCUCUGAUUAUAUUUGCUCUAGUGUUGGACAUAUUUUUCUGUAUAUAUUAGCGUCAUAUUGUCAAUGCUGCUUGUAGUUCUUGCAAUUCUUUGGUUUCAAGGCCCAGAAGUGUUGUCAUAGAAAUUGGAAAGAAGCCUGCUACUGAUGGUGGUUAGUUGCUCUUAUUGUUUGCAUUGACUCAGAUUGACUCAAAGAUGACGGGAGGAGACUAUAGGUAUGUAACAGACCAAAAGGAUAUUAUGAGAUUCUUGAUCACCACGAUAGAUAGUUUUAUACAAGAUCGGUUUAUCAAUAAAGAACAAAGGGCCCAGCACAAAGAACAAUGUUCUGAGAGAUUAGCAGCUGAAGAUGGGAGCUGUGACAAAGAUAUGGAGGUUCGAUACUCUGAUCAAGCUGUAUUAGCAAAUUUAGACUGGGGUAUUGAAGCCCUUGAAGAAGCUAUCGAUACUGCUAAUAUGGAAACAAAGAUGGCACGAUUAGAUUAUGCAGAGAAGAUGCUGCAAGUGUGUGCCAUGUUGAACUCUAGCCAGAGAACAGCUGGAGUCCCCAAUUUCUACCUCUCAGCUUGGGCCCACCUUAACCUUUCAUAUUUGUGGAAAUUGCGUAAUGAUAUUCACAAUUCAGUUCAUCAUCUUCUUGAGAUGUUUAUUAUUGAUCCAUUCUUCUCAAGGAUUGAUUUUGCCCCAGAACUUUGGAAAGAUUUAUUUCUGCCACAUAUGAGCUCAAUUGUUGGAUGGUAUUCUGAGGCGAGACACAGGCUGAUGAUGGAAGUGAUUCCUGAUUCUUCUGAUUUGUCAUUCACUGCUGACUUGGAUCAAUUUUUCAACGAGUCUCUGAUCUUCUCAAUGAGGCCAGAUCAGUUGGAAAAAUUGCAAAAGUUAGAGCAACUUUACGGAGAAUCAUUGGAUGAGAACACGCGGCUUUUUGCUAAAUAUUAUGAUGAUUGCAUGAACAACGAUUCUACUGUAAGCAAAAAGAUGAUUCCAAUGUUGCCAAUAGCAGAGCCACCAAUGACUCCUUUGCAUGAGGUUAGCAGGUCAAUCCCUGAUUAUGUGAAAUUUGGUCCUAUCUUGCCCAAGAGUGCUGGUUUUGCUCCAGUUCUCCGAUCUAAACAUGGUACAAGAGAAGCUAACAGAUUAACCGUAGGUUCAACUCUCUCCCAUAAUUCGGAAGAGCCUACCAUGUGGGAUCCUCGGGAGACCAUACUUGAGGAGAAUGAAGAUGGUUCUGAUUCUGACCCUAUUGAUGGUAAUAUGGAUUCUGAAGAUAAAAGUCGUCAGUUAGUAACUCUUAGCAGCAUGAAAAUUUCUGAGAAUGCGGAAACUGGCACAAGCACAAAGUCAUCUAAAGCAAACAUCCGAACAUAUUCUCCCACAAUCUUUUCUCCAAUUGAUUCCCCAACAGCUUUUUCGCCAAAACUUUGCUCUUCAAAAGCAGAUGUCCAUCCCAAAAAAGAAUCCAGGUCUCUAUUGCGCCUUCUGUCCAGCUCCAGCCAUGUCACAGAUUCAAAUCUUGGCCCCUCUUUGCCUGUCUCUCCACAUAUGAGUAGUUACUGCAGCAUGAGCUCACCAGACUCGGAUGGGGAAGUGACGGAUCUACGGAGAAGUGUCAGGAAAAAAUACAAUAAAGCACGGAGUAUGAGUUAUGACAAUGUAAACAGCCAAGUAUUAGAGAAUAGUUCUCUUAAUGAAAGUGAUGACGGAAGCCAGAGUUGCAUUUCAAUCCCCAUGUCUGAUAAGUCGACUUCUCGUUCAAGGCCACCAAAAGAUUUCGUUUGCCCUAUCACAGGCCUGCUUUUUAAUGACCCAGUGACUCUUGAAACUGGUCAGACUUAUGAAAGAAAAGCAAUUCAAGAAUGGCUACAAAGAGGAAAUACAACAUGCCCCAUUACUCGGCAAGCUCUCUCAGCAAAUUCACUGCCCAAAACAAACUAUGUUCUGAAGAGACUCAUAACAUCUUGGAAAGAGCAGUAUCCUGAUAUUGCUCAGGAAUUUUUGUACUCUGAAACACCGAGGACUGCAUUUAGCUCCUCUUCUCCAUUAGCAUCCACUCCUUCCAGAAUGUUUGAUUUCCUCAGAAAUAAUAGCUCAGAUAGUCACAUACAGCAGAGAAGCAAAAGAUUUAUACGAUCGGCAGUGUCUACAUCACCAACCAGUGUAAUUUCCCAAGCCACUAUUGAAACAAUCAUCAAUGGGUUAAAACCACACAUUUCAUGUCUUUGCACUUCGGAAAACUUACAAGAAUGUGAAGCAGCAGUUUUAGCAAUAGCAAAAUUAUGGAAGGACUCGAAGGGUGACCCAGGGGUCCAUUCAUAUUUAUCCAAACCAACAAUUGUAAAUGGGUUUGUGGAAAUACUAUCAGCAUCACUGAAUAGAGAAGUUCUCAGGACAUCAAUUUACUUUCUUUCUGAGUUGAUAUUUUCAGAUGAAAGUGUUGGAGAGAUUCUGACUAGUGUAGAUUCUGAUUUUGAUUGCCUGGCUGCUUUGCUUAAGAAUGGGCUAGCUGAAGCUGCUGUUCUCAUUUACCAACUGAGACCUGCAUAUGCUCAGCUUUGUGCUCACAACUUUAUCCCCUCCCUUGUACAUCUAAUCCAGAUCAAAAUUGAAGAAUUGGAUGAUCUUCAGUUGGUAAUCGAGCCAAAGGAUGCUGCCAUAGCAUUGCUUGAGCAGAUUCUUGUUGGAGGGGAUGAAAACAGCCAGUCUGUUAAUGCUUUUAGUGUUAUUUCUGCAAAUGGAGUUCCAGCAUUGAUCAAGUGUUUGGAUAGGAUGGAAGGAAGAAAAUCUGUUGUUUCCAUACUUCUGUAUUGCAUGCUUGCUGAUAAAAGUUGCCGGAACUUCAUAGCAAGUAGAAUUGAACUGGGUCCUGUACUUGAAUUAUUUCAUUCGGGAAAUGAUAGUGUGAGAGGUAUAUGCAUAGAUUUUCUUUCAGAGCUGGUUCAGUUAAACAGGAGGACAUUCUGCAAUAAGAUAUUGCAGAUAAUUAGAGAUGAAGGAGCAUUUAGUACUAUGCAUACUUUUCUUGUGUAUCUUCAAAUGGCUCCCAUGGAGCAGCAACCUGCCAUUGCCACUCUUCUUCUUCAGCUUGAUCUCUUGGUUGAGCCACGGAAGAUGAGCAUUUACAGGGAAGAAGCUGUAGAGACACUUAUUGAAGCACUAAACAAAAAUGAAUUCUCUAAUUCUCAAAUGAUGGCUCUGGAUGCUUUAGUAUCUCUCUCUGGACGUCUUACUUCAUCUGGAAGGUCCUAUAUGGAAGCCUGGUUACUCAAGAUUGCAGGGUUUGAUCAACCUUACAAUGCUCUAAUGAAGGCAGAAGGACAGAAGAACAGAGAAAAUGAAUUAGCAGAAACAGUGGAAGAGGAAGAGAAGGCUGCAAGUUCUUGGGAGAGAAAAGUAGCUUUUGUACUUUGCAAUCAUGAAAAGGGUUCUAUCUUUAAAGCUUUGGAGGAAUGUUUCAAGAGUAAUUCCCUGGAGAUGGCAAAGUCUUGCCUUGUUAUUUCCACAUGGCUCACAUACAUGCUUUCAAUCCUUCCUGAUACUGGAGUAAGGGAGGCUGCUCGUAAGUCAUUGCUUGAUGAAUUUAUAAAUGUCCUCCAAUCAUCUAGGAACAUGGAAGAGAAGAUCUUGGCCACCCUUGCAUUAAAAACUUUUGUCAUGGACCUUGCUGCACUUGAGGAGUUGGGAAAGUAUGCCAAAUGCAUUUAUAAAACCUUGAGAAAGUUCAAGAGAACUUCACCUGUGAUUGCUGAUAUACUUAAAUCUUUGAUGAACUUAUCCUCUGUGAAUGCAACAGAGUUGUGGCAUUGUACUGAAGUGGUUGAAUUGGAAUCAUCUGGAAAUGGUGAAGUUCUGUCAUUGCUUCAUUUGAAAGGUCGUGUUUUGAGCAGCCAUUCUGAUGGGACCAUUAAGGUGUGGGACGCUGGUAAGAGGGUUCUAAGGUUAAUUCAAGAAGUCCGCGAACACACAAAAGCUGUCACAUGCCUCUAUAUUCCAUCUUCUGGUGACAAACUGUAUAGUGGUUCCUUAGACAAAACAAUUCGGGUUUGGGCAAUAAAGCCUGAAGAAAUUCAUUGCGUUCAAGUUCAUGAUGUAAAAGAGGCAGUAUAUGAGUUGACAGCUAAUUCUAAAGUCGCAUGCUUUAUGUCUCAAGGAACAGGGGUCAAGGUGUAUAAUUGGUCUGGGGUUCCAAAGCAUGUAACUUUCAACAAAACUGUGAAGUGCCUUGCUAUGACAGGAGAUAAACUAUACUGCGGCUGCUCUGGUUACAGUAUCCAGGAGGUGGAUUUGUGCAAAUUGACAUCAACCACAUUCUAUUCCGGCACAAGAAAAUUGCUAGGGAAACAAAUUAUACAUUCCUUACAUAUUCAUGAUGGUCUACUGUUUGCUGGUGGUUCAGCAAUAGAUGGGACAGCAGGAAAGGUAUUUUCUCACACCACAAAAGCAAUGGUAGGAUCGUUUUGGACAGGAUUCGACAUUAUGCAUAUUGCAGCCAACAAUGACUUCAUAUUCACAGCGACAAAAUGUGGGACGAUUGAGGUUUGGUUAAAAGAAAGAAUCACAAGAGUUGCCUCCAUUAAGAUGAGUGGCAGUGGACAUCCCAAAAUCACAUCCUUAACUUCAGACAUGGACGGAGGAAUGUUAUAUGCUGGUUCCUCUGAUGGCAAGAUCCAGGCUUGGGCCAUGGACUAGGGAAUCCAACGUUACUUUCAGUUGUACAUCAAGUUUCGGCAAGUCUACACAAGUUAGCAGUUCGGGUUAACUUUUGUUGUAAAUUAAAUCUUGACAUUUGUUCAUAAUUUUGUUGCUAGAUCUAUGUUGUAUUACAAAAUUAAUUUUCUUAUAUAAUGUUUGGAAUCAAUUUGAAAUUAA